AUGACUUUUAUUUAUGCAGAGGACAAUGCGAAGUCUACAGCUCCAGACAUGUUAGCUCUUGGAGAAGCAAUGACCACCACAAUCAAACGAUUUUCCAGCUGCAAGAAAAUUAGAGUUAAAAAUAACGAAAUAUCGAAAAUGCUUGAAGAAAUUAAUCAACAGCGCCUUAAAUUUCGAGAUUUCGCUAGUGACUCUGUGAAACAAUCCAGUAAAUUGGCAAGAUUUGCUGAAGAAGUCGUAAUAUUUGCCGAAUGUUGUAAUGAUGCUGAAUUCUCUAAAGAUGAUCUUUUAAAUAUGUUGAGAUUGCGUUUAUCUGAUGCUAGAAAAAAUAAGGAGAAUUCAGAAAUCUUACAACUAAAAAUUAGGCAUAUUAGGGACGACUUAACAGACGUCACUGAUAAGUUAGUACAAUAUGCUACAGAUAUCAAAAAUUGUCAUCGAAUUAUUGAUUCAGAUGUAGGAAAGAAAUUAUCAGAGAAAGAAGCAACUCAAGAAAAAUAUAAUGCUUCAUCAAAAGCAAAUAUUGCUCUAGCUAUUUUAGGUGCCUUGACAGCUUUAGCUGCAUCACCAUUUACUGGAGGUACAACUGCUCUUGCAGCAGUUUGUACUUCAGUAUUCGAUGCUGGAAUAUUCACAGCUACAGCUGGUACAGCCAUUGCGGGAGGGACAAAACUUUUGGCCCACAGUGAAGGCGCAGCCAUAGAUUCUUUAAAUAAGAAAUUACUCUCAGAAAGAGAUCAUUUAACCAAUAGCAUAGAGACUUUGAAUAAUGAUCUGAUAUUAAUCAUUAAAACUUGCCGUAAAUUUAUAACUUUUUGGGAAGAGCAAAUUGAUGCAAUUAACUCUAUUAUUGAAAAACUUGAACCUUUGAAUAAUCAGGAAGCACUACGAAACGUUAAACUGAUUGCAUAUGGUCUUUUAAAGACAUGGAAAAAUGUAAACAGUCACUGUAAAGAAUAUAAUCGUAUUAUGUAUGCUGAACUAGAUAAUGAUGCUUUGUUGAGAAAUGCGGUAACUAUUUCUGCUAGUUUUUGGUAA